CCCGAGCAGGCGCCGUGGAGCCUGACUGUCAUCGUCACGCCGCUGCUCGUGUCGGCUGACCUGCCCCGGUGAGUGCGGCCCUCUGUCACCUUCACUGGAACACUGCCACCGCCUCGGGGGCGGGGAGGAGAAUCAAAUUCACAAUGGGUCAUACUAAUUUGGAAAAUAUUGUCGAUCUACAAAAGAAUACUGCCAACAUCCGGAAUAUCUGUAUUGUAGCUCAUGUGGACCAUGGAAAAACCACAUUAGCUGAUAGCCUUAUUGCUAGCAAUGGGAUCAUUUCUAAUCGACUUGCAGGAAAGUUGCGGUACAUGGACAGCCGAGAAGAUGAGCAGCUCCGUGGAAUCACAAUGAAAUCCAGUUCUAUUUCAUUGCAUUUCACUAUGGAUAAUCAAGAAUACCUUAUUAACAUGAUAGAUUCUCCUGGCCAUGUGGAUUUUUCCUCUGAAGUAUCGACUGCUGUGCGUGUAUGUGAUGGUGCUGUUGUGGUAGUUGAUGUUGUUGAAGGUGUUUGUCCUCAGACGCAAGCAGUGUUACGCCAGGCUUGGUUGGAAAAUAUUCGUCCAGUUUUAGUAAUUAACAAAAUAGAUCGACUGAUAAUUGAACUAAAAUUGACUCCAUUUGAAGCUUAUAUUCACUUACAAAAGAUUCUAGAACAGGUAAAUGCAGUGACUGGGAGUCUGUUUACUUCAAAAGUAUUGGAAGAGAGAGCAGAGAUGGGAGUAACAGAAAAAACUAGUUCAGACACGAAGAGCAGUGAACAUUUCUAUGACUGGAGUGCUGGCCUGGAAGAAACAGAUGAUUCGCAUCUUUACUUUGCCCCCGAUCAGGGAAAUGUGGUAUUUGGAAGUGCUAUUGAUGGCUGGGGUUUCAGAAUUGAACAGUUUGCCCAGAUAUACAGCCAGAAGGUGGGUAUUAGUGCACAAGUGUUGCUGAAAACUCUCUGGGGUGACUACUAUCUGAACACAAAGGCAAAGAAGAUAAUGAAAGGAGCACAGUCGAAAGGUAAAAAACCCCUCUUUGUACAGUUAGUGUUGGAAAACAUCUGGAGUCUGUAUGAGUGUGUCGUUGUCAGAAGGGACAAAGAGAAGAUUGAUAAGAUUGUAAAUUCAUUGGGUCUAACCAUCCUACCUCGUGAUUCACGCCACACGGAUUCUAAAGUACACCUCAAUGCCAUUUGUACUCAAUGGCUUCCCAUUUCCCAUGCUGUGUUGUCAAUGGUAUGUAACAAGCUCCCCAGCCCUUUGGAUAUUGCUGCAGAACGGGUUGAAAAACUCAUGUGUGUUCGAAGCCGUAGAUUCGAUUCACUGCCUCCGCAAAUUCAAGCCCUCAGACGAGCAUUUCUUGAAUGCAAGAGUGAUGAGACAGCCCCAGUGAUUGUGUUUAUUUGCAAGAUGUUUGCAGUUGAUUCCAAGGCUUUGCCCCAAAAUAAGUUAAGACCCUUGAGUCAAGAAGAGAUAGCUCAGCGACGGGAGCAGGCCAGAAAAAGGCAUGCAGAAAAACUUGUAAAUCAGAUGCAGAAGUUGGAACAAAACCCACCUGAGAAGACUGUUGAGAUCUCCCCAAUGAACGCAAACUCAAAAGACAUGCACGUAGAGAGUCAGAUGGAGCAGGCAGAUCUGACUACUUGCUUACAGGAGAGUCAACAGAAAGAGCACUUCAUUGCGUUCGCUCGAGUAUAUAGUGGAACAAUUCGUAGAGGGCAGAAACUGUUUGUGCUAGGACCAAAGUAUGACCCUUCAGAAGCUUUAACCAAGUUGCCAGAGAGAUGCUCACCGAAUGAUGACCUGUCAAUCCCACACUUGGCUUGUUGUACAGUGGAGGACUUGUUCCUGCUCAUGGGAAAGGAAUUGGAGAAUGUAGAAGAGGUACCAGUUGGCAACGUCCUCGGUAUCGGAGGCCUAGAAGAUUACGUCUUAAAAUCUGCUACAUUGUCAACUUCCCCUGUAUGUCCACCAUUUACACCUCUGAACUUUGAGGCGACUCCUAUUGUACGGGUUGCUGUGGAACCAAAGCAUCCAAGUGAGAUGCCACAGCUGGUGAGAGGGAUGAAGCUGCUUAACCAGGCUGAUCCGUGUGUGGAAGUGUUAGUCCAAGAGACUGGAGAGCACGUGUUAGUAACUGCUGGAGAGGUCCACCUGCAGCGAUGCUUGGAUGACCUCAGAGAAAGGUUUGCGAAAGUUGAAAUCAGUUCAUCAGCACCAAUCGUUCCAUUUAGGGAGACUAUCAUUCGCCCACCAAAGGUGGACAUGGUAAAUGAAGACAUAGGAACACAACAAAAGAUUGCUGUUAUUCACCAAAAGAAGGAGGAUCAGAAUAAAUAUCCUGAAGGUGUCAUUGUGGAUUCCGAUGGCCUUGUGACCUUGAACACACCUAACAAGUUGUCCAUUCUCAGUGUGAGAGCCAUGCCACUUCCUGAAGCAGUGACACAGUUGCUGGAAGAAAGCAGUGAUCUGAUUCGUACAAUAGAGCAGUUCAAUCUGUCAGUAAAAGAAGGCAGAGAUACACAGGAGAUCAAUCCGACAACACUUGAGGCCAUCCAAAAGUUCAAACAAAAGCUGGAAGAGAAUUUUGUUGGUCGAAAAUGGAGAAAUGCAGUUGACCAAAUUUCAUCAUUUGGACCACGCCGUUGUGGCCCUAAUAUUUUACUAAAUAGAUUGGAAAGUUAUCAUAGGCCAUCCAUGUGGCAGUGUCUUGAUAAAACCAGGAAGGACUUGGGGACAUACAAGGAUUUUGACAAUAGUAUAAUCAGUGGAUUUCAGUUGGCGACUCUGUCAGGUCCUGUGUGUGAAGAGCCUCUGAUGGGUGUUUGCUUCACUUUAGAAAAGUGGGACAUGAGUAAAGUGCAACAGCUAGUUCAAACACAUAACCAAUCUUUGACAGAGGGACAAAUAACAAAGGUUGAGGAGUUGCAGGAGCAAGUAACUUCAAAUGAAAAUAUCCUUUCUGAAUUGGAGCCUAGAAUGGAAAAGCCAGCAAGACCAGGCGAUCAGAUUCAGGAGAGUCAGACUCCAGCAGAAAGUGUGGCGGAUAGUCUGUGUAACUCGGAAGCCAAGCUUACAGAUUGCUAUGGUCCUUUCUCAGGCCAGCUCAUCGCCACAAUGAAAGAAGCUUGUCGUUUUGCAUUCCAGGCACGACCUCAACGGCUCAUGGCAGCAAUGUACACGUGUGAGAUAAUAGCAACUGCAGAAGUAUUAGGUCGGGUCUAUGCGGUCCUUUCAAAGCGUACAGGCCGGGUGUUGCAAGAGGAGAUGAAAGAAGGGACUGAAAUGUUCAUCAUUAAGGCCAUUUUGCCAGUUGCAGAGAGCUUUGGCUUCGCUGAUGAAAUCCGGAAGCGGACAAGUGGCCUAGCCAGCCCACAGCUGGUGUUCAGUCACUGGGAGGUAAUUCAGAGCGACCCCUACUGGGUUCCGACAACAGAAGAAGAGUACUUGCAUUUUGGAGAGAAGGCUGAUACAGUAAACCAGGCAAACAAAUACAUGAAUACCGUGCGCAAACGGAAAGGGCUGUAUGUAGAGGAAAAGAUUGUUGAGCAUGCUGAGAAGCAGAGAACCCUCAGCAAAAAUAAAUAACUGCUUCAGAAUAUAAA